AUGGCUACCCUUGAAGAUGUUCUCGAGAUCCAGAAGAAGGAGGGUAUUUUGAUGGCCCCGGCUACAAGUAGCAAUACGUCCAAAGGCACACUCUCUACUCAGACGAACAGCACGGUGAACUUCGCUCUUCGAAACAACACGAGCUCUUCAAACGCAUAUGCUUAUGUUACUGGUCUCGAUAUUAACAGGAACAAUAUUCCCUUUCUUCUGCAAAGCGAUAGGGUUACUCCUUACUAUCCGGCUUCGCCAUCCAGCACUCUGCAGCCACUCCAGGCCAACUGCGCUAUCUCCCUAGGAGCCCCAGGGACUACCACGACAGUCACAGUUCCACAGGCUGCAGGAGGUAGAGUCUGGUUCUGUCAAAAUGGAACCUUGACCUUCCGUCUGAACCCAGGCCCAGCCAUAGUCGAGCCCUCUGUCAUGAACACCUCUGAUCCCAACUACAAUUUACCAUGGGGUUUCUGCGAGUUUACCUUUAACAGCUUCCAGCUCUUCGUGAACAUUAGCUACGUGGACUUUGUUGCUCUUCCGAUAGCUCUACAGCUAGAAAACACUUCCGGCACCGUGACCAGCGUGCAAGGUAUACCCAAGAAUGGACUGGAUCUUGUUUGCUCUCAGCUCCAGGCACAAGAUGCGAAAGACAACGCCGGGUGGAGUCAACUCAUCAUCCCGUCACCUUCUGGAGGUAAUCUUCGAGCUCUUAGUCCGAACAGUGGGAUCAACAUGAAUAGCAGUCUAUUCCAGGGCUAUUACCAGUCAUAUGUUGACCAGGUCUGGGCCAAGUACGCCAGCACAGGUCUGACCGUCGACACACAAGCUGCAUAUGGCGUGGUCACGGGUAAAGUGUCUACUAGCACUGGCAAAUUGACGUUUGAUAAUGUUGGCGGGUUCUCCCAACCCAGCGCAGCAGACAUAUUUUCGUGCAGCUCGGGCGCAUUUGGAUACUAUGAUACCAAUACGGAUGAGAUGGCCAACAUCACCGCUCGCUUGGCGGCCGCUUUCAACAGGAGCACCCUCUUGAUUAACACCAGCCAGCCUGACAACGAGAACGUGAGCAACUACUAUCAAGAUGCCAUCACCAACCACUACUCGCGCAUCUGCCAUCUUGUCAACCUUGACAAGCGCGGCUAUGCCUUCCCGUACGAUGAUGUUGGUCCGUCAAGCGGAGUCGACCAGUCCGGCUCGGUGUAUGACUCCAACCCGAAGCUGCUCACCAUCACGGUGGGCGGGUCCACCACAACCUCAUCCGUGCGCCUCCGGGACAUGGCACGCGCUGGCAAGCAGCUUGUUGGCGGCCGCAGGGCUGCCGGGCACCACGUGCGGCGAGAUCUCACUUGGGAUGACGAUUCCGCUGUCGAGGUGGAGGUGGAUGAGAAACACUCGGAAGUGGACCUCGAAAAGGGCCUCGGCCGAGGUAAGCAAGACAGCAUUUCUGCUGAUACCCUGGUGUCCUCAUCAGUCAUGUCUAGGUCUCUGACCUCGCUCGUCCCGCCGUCCUGGCAGCGAAGGGCCGAAGCGUGGGUGGCGCGGCUGGAAGCAAUGCCGCUGUACGUCCGUAUGAAGCCGGUGGUUGACCUUUUCAUUCGUUGCAUGAUCUUGUUCAUGUCUCUUUCUGUGCGUGCUGUUGUCAGUCGGGUCAGCAUGGUGCUUCUGUUCCUAUUUUUCUAUUUGCUUAUGCCAUUGGCCGGGACACACGAGCCGGCCAAGACAGUUGUGGUUCAUGGCAUGUACAAUGGGACGCUCAUUUCGUGA